AUGGCUGACGGCGACCGGACUGGACCGAUCACCUGUACCAGCGAGCGCCGGACCACCGAGCCACCGAGCAAGACGUUCCUCAAGUCGCAGGCGCUGGGCGGGCACCAGAACGCGCACAAGAAGGAGCGCAUCGCCGGCAGCAUCUGGAACCCCUGCGGCGGCACAUCCUACGCCGCCGCGGUGGAACUGGACGCGCUCGCGGCCGCCGGCAGCGCGCUUCCGGCGGACACGUUGUCGAUGUUCGUGGCGGGCGCCCAUGGCCAGCGCUUCGGCGGGGCUGCCGCGGGCGGCGCCAGGGCUGGGGAGGCGCACAGGGACGCCGCCUCCGUGGCGCUGCGGCGCUUGGAGCUGGAGAGGUCGCGGUGGACCGGCCACGUGCCGGCCCUGCACGGCGGCACCGAGCACGACGGCAGCAGGGACGGGUUGAUGGGUGACGUGCUCAACUGGAGCAGGGGCACGCAGCAGGCCGCCGCCACGGCGCCGAAGGAGACCACGACGGCGGCAGCGGCCUCCGGUGGUGGCGGCGAGGAGCCCGACCUCGAGCUGAGGCUCUGGCCAGCUUGA